AUGAAUAAAAAUUCAGAUACAAAACAGUAUAAUAAGAAUAAGAAUAAGUAUUCCUUAUUUUUUUAUAAAAAUAAAUAUUCAAAUAUUAAGCAUAGUAAUAACAACAAUAAUCAGCAUUUAAACGAUCAUUUCAAUAGUGUUUUUAACACAAACGUAAAUUGUUCAUCAAGUAUUAACACCAAUAUCUUUUAUAAAAAAAAAAGCAAUUUAAAUUCUCUUAACGACAUGAAAAAUAGUAAUAUGUUAUCCUAUAACGACGACAUGUAUAAUUUAGAAAAACGAAAACCUAUGAAUGGAACAGGUUCUGGUUUAAACUCGUACAAUGUAGAUAAUAACAAUAAUAAUAAUAAUAAUUCAGUUAACAAAUAUAACAAUAAUAAUAAUAGUAAUAAUAAGAAUUCUUAUAAUUUUCAAAAAAAAGAUGGAAAACAAAAUUAUGAAGAUUACUUUAGUUGUAUACAAGAUGCAGUAAAUAGUAGUAACAAUUCAUUAAAUCAUGGUCAUAGAAAUUAUAAAAAUUAUAAUGUUGAAAAUAAUCAUGAAAAUUAUAUGAAUUUGAAUAAUUCAAAAAAUAUAAAUCGAUACUAUGAUUUAAAUAAUAAUGCAUCAUGUACGAAUAUACCAGGACAAAAAAAAAUCAGUUAUUUUAAUUCGCAAAGUAAUAAUAACAAUUCUAUUCAUAACGAUAAUAGCAAUAAUAAUAGUAGUAGUAAUAAUAAUAACAAUAAUAAUAAUAAUAAUAAUAAUAGCAAUAAUAAUAAUAAUUCCAUUUCGUCUAAUUAUAAUAUCACUGAUAAAAUAAUAGGAGGUCCUAAUGAAAAAAAUAUAUUAGAAAAUAAUAUUUUAACGAGUGAUAAUAAAAAUGCUUUAUUAAAUAUGAUAAACAAUGAAAGAAAUAAAAUAAAUGAAAAUAAAGAUGAAAAAGUGGAAAAAAAAGAUGAGAAAUUUUCAAAUGGAAAUAAUACUAAUUAUGAAAAUGCAAAAGAUUCAUUAAUAAGUAAUGAAAUGGAUAUGAAUAACAUUUGUAAUAUAACUAAUUUGAAUGAUAUGAAUUACAAAAGUUUAAAUUCAUCAAGUGGCAAUGCAUAUAGCAUUUCAUAUAUGUUUAUCUAUCAGUAUUAUUAUGUUCUCCAUACAAAAAAAGAAAUGAUGCAUAAUUUUUAUUCCGAAAAUGCUAUCCUUUUAAUAAGUUUUAACUACCAAAAUUACAAUUAUGAAAAAGAUCUAUAUAUGAAAAAUUGUAAUAUUGGUGAUGAAAAAAAACAAAUCAGUAAUAACAGUAGCAACAAAUUAUUAAAUGAUGCAGAGAAGUUUUUCAAUUUUAAUGAAAUAAACAUUGAAGGGUGUCAUAAAAGUGAUAAUAUGAUAAAAUUAAAAAAUAGAAAAAUGAUAUAUGAAUAUUAUAAAAAUCUUGAUGUUAAUGAAUGUACUGUUCAUAUAAAUUCUAUUGAGGUAGUUAAUUUGCAUGAUGAGAUUUAUAUAUACAUUUAUGGAAAAAUAAAAAAAUGUAAAGAUACCAAUGUCUAUUAUUUUUUCGUUCAAAAUAUUCACCUGCACAAAUAUAAUAUAUAUCAGUAUUAUGUAGAUGUGGAUUUUAUUCAUUAUUAUAAUACAUGUAAUUGGGAUGAUAAAAAAUAUGUAAAAGAUUUCAGUUACGAAAAUAGCAAGCUUCUAAGUAAUAUUUAUGAUAUAAAAAAUAAAGAAGAGGAUAAAAAAAAAAAGCAGAAAACAAAUAAAUUAAAUAUAAGUAAUGGUAAUGAUUUUAAAUUAGAUAAUAUUAAAAAUGAAAUGGUUAAAAAUAAAAAUAAUGAAAAAAAUUUAAUUGAUAAUAAAAAUGCAGAUACUUUAUUAAAAAAGAAUGAAAAAAAUGACAAUGUAUCAUUUAUAGAAAGAAAAUAUAAAAUGAAAUUAGGAGGAGAAAAUGAAAAAAAUUACCAAGAUGGGAUUGAUUUAAUAAGAGAAAAUAAAAAUGGAAAAAAAAAUGAUGAUGAAGAGGAUGAAGAAGAAGAGGAUGAAGAGGAAGAAGAGGAUGAUGAUGAAUAUGAUGAAGAGGAUGAAGAUGAUGAAGAGGAUGAAGAUGAAGAUGAUGAUGAGGAUGAUGACGAGGAUGAUGACGAGGAGGAAGAAGAUGAUGUUGAUGAAGAGAAGGAAGAAGAAAAUGACGAAGAAGAAGAUGAGGAAGAUGAAGAUGAAGAAGAUGAUGAGGAAGAUGAAGAAGAUGCUAUUAGAAAAGAAAAAAGGCAUAAUAAAGUAGUAGAUGAAGAAGAAAAUGAUGAUGAUGACGAUGAAGAUGAAGAAGAAGCUGAAGAAUUAAAUGAAGAGAAAAAAAGAAAAAAAAAAAAUAGACAAGAAAAAAAUGACGAAAUGAUGAUGAUUAAAAAGAGAGAAGAUAAAAAUUUAAGAAAAGGUAAUGGAGGCGCUAUUGGUUCAAUUAACAAAGGAAAAAAUGUGAAAAAGACAAACGAAGAAAAAGUUAAAGUUGGAAAACCUACCUCUGUGCAAAUAAAUAAGUAUUCUGUAGAUAAAAAAAACAAAGAAAAAGAAAAAAAUGAAAAUUUACAGAUAAAUAAUGUUGAUUCCAAUAAUAAAGAAUGUGUAGAUAAAAUAAAUAAAAAUCAUAUAAAAGAUAAAAAUAACAGUGUUAUUAACAAUGUUAACAAUAUAGAAAAAGAUAAUGAUGAUGAAAAUUUGAAAAUGAAUUUAGAUGAAAAAAAAAUUAAGAAAAGUAAAAAUGAAAAUGUAUGGAACACAGGAAAUGAAAAAUUGCCUAAACUUGAAAAUAUUAUAAAAGAAGAAAAAAGUGCAAAUGAAAUGACAAAAAAAAAAAAAAAAGAAAAAAAUAAAGUAGACCCAGAUAGUUGGGUGUUCAGAGUUAUGAAAAAUUAUAAAAAUAGUUUAGGAGAAAGGAACGCAUUAAAUAAUCAAAAGGUAGAAGAGAAACAAGAAUAUGAAGAAAAAGAAAAUGAAGAAAGUGUUCAAGAUGAAGAAGAGAAAAAAAGAGAAGAGAUAAACGUAAAUGAUAAAAAAAUUAUAAUUCAUAAUAUACAUAAAAAUAUGGAUAAGAAAAAAAUAAAUGAUUGUAUAAUUGAUAGAUUAAAGAAAUAUAAUGAUGGUCAUGCUGUUCAAAUAGAUAUUUAUCAAAGAUCAAUUAAAAAAAUAUUUCCUCAUACAUUUAAUUAUCAAAACAAUUACGAUAAAGUAAAACCAACAGAAUACUCUUAUGCUAUUGCUGAAUUAGAUUGCCGACAAAGUCAACAACUUUUACUUGAUUUAGGAUUGUAUUGUAACGGCAUUAAAUUAAACAUAGAAAAUUUUAAAGAAAAAAAGAAAAAUGAGGUUAAAAAAUUUAAUAAAAAAUUUAACGGAUUCAACACACCUUUAGAAGGAAAACCAAAAGACGAGAAAUUUAAAAACACUUUUUAUAGAGGAGGUAAUGUUCCUUUCAGAAAUAAAAGAAAUAAUAUUUUUGUAAAAUAA